AUGAUGUGGCCUGGCGAUAAGACCCCCAAAGCGAAGGGAAGGGGAGAAAUGGAAAGCAGGAACUGGAACUCCAAUGGCGUUUUGUGCCCACGCGAAGCUUAACAGCCUCUGCGCCGUCUCCUCCUCCUCCUCCGCCACAGCCAGAGUCACAGUCACAGUCCUAACCAGCAGCACCGGCUGUGCCCGUAUGAGAAAUGGAAGACAAACCAAUUGUGUGAUUGUUCGCGCGGCCUCCUCCUCAUCAUCAUCGUCGUCGUCGUCGUCGACGGAGGUCUCCAGAAGCAGUGUUGGAACCAUCCCCAAGACGACAUUAUACCAAGAGGGUGAGCUGGAACGCCCCAGAUGGACCGGUGAAACCCCUCUCUCCCGUCUCGUCGGAGCUCUCAUCUCCUUCAAACCACUCUACUCUCUCCUCAAGCUCGGCGCCAGACAAGUCCUCAUCAGUACAGCAGAGAAAACAAACAUACCUUGGCGAGAUAUGAGGAGGGAGAUUCUGGAAUCGGAGGUUUACAAUGAGAUGGACAGCAUCCAGAACAACUCCAUUGUGUACCCUGACUAUUAUCUCAAUCCUUUCCAUGCAUAUGAUGUGGGCAACCUCUCUUGGCUGGCUGCAGCUGAAGCAGAGGCAGCAACUAUGUCAAUGAUGAGACGAACAAUACCCGAUGCUUCUUCACUAGAUGAAGCAAAACAAAUAGUUCGAGGAAAUUGGCUUCAGGCAAUUGAACAACAUCAUCAGAAGUAUUCAGGAAAUGCCAUGGUUAAAGACAUUCUUGAUGUCGGGUGCUCUGUUGGUGUAAGCACUAGAUAUCUUGCUGACAAAUUUCCUUCUGCUAAAAUCACAGGGCUGGAUCUAUCACCUUACUUUCUUGCUGUUGCUCAAUUCAAGGAAAAGCAAAGCACCCCAAGAAAGAAUCCAAUCAGCUGGGUACAUGCAAAUGGUGAACACACAGGCUUGCCAGCCAAAUCGUUUGACAUUGUAUCAAUUGCUUAUGUGCUUCAUGAAUGUCCCGCAAGAGCAAUAGUUAAUUUAGUGAAGGAAGCAUUUCGUCUGCUCCGACCUGGAGGCACUUUUUCUGUGACAGACAAUUCGCCAAAGUCGAAGAUCCUUCAGGAAUUAUCUCCAGUACUGUUUACAUUGAUGAAGAGCACAGAACCAUUUUUAGAUGAAUACUACCUCACUGAUCUGGAAGGGACAAUGAAAGAAGCUGGUUUUGUGAAUGUGCGAACAAUUCUCACUGACCCAAGACACAGGACCAUGACUGGGACAGUCCCAUAUUAACAGGUGACCUUUUUUUUCCUCUGGCUGAAAGCUCUGUUAGCUCCUGUGAACCAUUGUAGCUGCAGAGGAAAAUGAAGUUGUUCCCUCAUUGCACUUCUCUAAACAACCCAUAAAAAUAUAAAAUAAAAAACCCAUGGUAAAAUGAAAUUUCAUCGUCUUAGUCUUACAUGCUUUUGUUUGAUAAAUUUCUUUGAUAAUGUGUUUGAUUCAAUUUUAUCAGUUUUUGUAUAGUCUGAGAGUACAUGCUUGUACCGACAAAUUCACUUUAGGCUGCAUGUUGUAACUUGUAAACCUUGUUCAGCUGCAUCCUUCAUGGAGAAUGAUUUGUAGUGGCAACCAAAUUUUUCUGUCCAUAUAUGUAUGUGUGUGGGUGUGUGCGCGCACGCGAGAGAGAUUUUUUUAA